AUGGAGGACUAUGACACAGAAUCAGAUGUGCCAAGGACAGACAAAAGGUACCUUUCCUACCUUCCUAUCGUUUUAGAAAACAUGAUAAAGAUAAACAACGGGAACGGAAAAAUCACGAGCUUCCAUGCAUCCAAAGUGCCAGACAUAUCGAUUAAGAGUUAUAUGGAGCGGAUUGGAAAAUACACCGGGUGCAGCAAUGAAUGCUUUGUCCUCCUAAUCAUAUACCUGGACCGAAUUGUCAAGACAAAUACGGACAUCACUUUGUCUCUUCUCUGCAUCCAUAGAUUGCUCAUAACGGCUACCAUGAUUGCUGCGAAAUUUUUCGAUGACUUAUACUACUCCAAUGCGUUUUAUGCCAAGGUCGGAGGGGUCUCCACUGAAGAGAUAAACAAACUGGAGGGUACGUUUCUACAUCUGAUUGAUUACAAUCUGUUCGUGUCCUCAGAGGAGUACAAUCUGUAUAGACACUCCAUAUCUUUGGCUGUGGAGCGGUACUUGCGCAGAACCCAUGCUGGGGGGCAACUCGGCACAGGGGCAGAUAAGAAUGGGGGGAGCCAUCACGGGGGUAAAUGUCCCAACAAAUGCAGCAGCAAUCGCGGCAGCAAUCGCGGAAGCAACCGAGGCACCCGUCCAGCCGCUGUUGUGAAGCCCUAUAAUCUGUUUAACUACACCACUCCACACGCGACCAACAUCAUGUUCCUGAAGCCGGGGAAUGACGCUCACCAUUUUCAGGCUCCUCGCGGGGGGUAG